AUGUAUAUCACACGAGCUCUCGUCGCCGCCUUCUUGGCUCCCGUCUGCACCAAUGCUUUGGCCACUCCCAACACAGUUAAACGAUCGGCAGCUGCUGAAGUCGAGAAUGGCAAAUUCAUCGUCGACCGGCAAGCCGAGUUCGCCAACCACCAGUCCUGGACCUUUGACGGAAGUGGUAUCCCUGAGGGACUUGGAGUCAGCACGUAUCCCGUCAACGGCCAACGGGGCUUCUACGCAGAGAACGCCGUCGUACGGAACGGGUACCUCGAGCUCAUCCAGUCGGCGGGCCCAGACUUUCCUUACCGUGGGGGUGAGGUCGUCACAUCCGUCAAGAACAUCAAGUAUGCCAGUGUGCGUACCGUCGCCAUCCUCACGGAGACGUAUGGCACCUGCAAUGGCAUGUUCUUCUACCAGUCAAACACGCAAGAAACAGACAUUGAGUGGCUCUCUGAUCCCAACAACCUCUCCAAUCAGGGCACCCGCAAGCUCUGGCUCACCAACCAGGACAAGAACGGCGACGGCAAGACGUACCUCGCAAUCGAUCCGCCCGCCAACCCUACCACCACCGAGCACGAGUACCGCAUCGACUGGACGGAAGGUCGUGUAGCGUGGUUCGUCGACGGCGUGCAGGUGUGGGAGACAAACAAGGAUGUUCCUAGUGUCCCAGGCCCGUGGAUCUGGAACAACUGGUCCAACGGCGACAUUGGCUGGAGUGCCGGGCCACCUACUGAAGAUGCUGUCUUCAAAAUUAGGUCCAUCGACAUGUACUACAACACUGCUUGA